AUGACACGUCGUGCCAGCUUCACAGGGGUGGUUUCCCGUUGCUCCUGGGUGUUGGGACUACUUUGUUUCGUCCAUAGCCUCCCACAGCUGGCACACGGACAAGAACAAGACGCUUUCCGCGUUGCACCAAGAGAUUCAGUCGUGGACUGUCUGACCAGCAAGAAGCUGUCGGUGAUCAAGCCCUCGGACACAACAUACGCCAGCUACUCCUCACCUUACAACCUCCGCCUCCAAUACAAGCCAGCAGCAAUCGUCGUCGCAUCCACCAACCAGCACGUCUCAGACGCCGUGCUCUGCGCGUCCCAGUACAAGCUCAAGGUGCAGCCCCGCUCCGGGGGCCACUCGUAUGGGUCCUAUGGCACGGGCGGCAAGGACGGCGCCGUGGUCAUCGACCUGCAGAAGUUCCAGAGCGUCAGCCUCGACAAGAAUACGAACAUAUCGACUUUUGGUGCGGGCCUGAGGCUGGGGAACCUGGAGCUGGCGCUGCAGCCGACCGGGCGGGCACUUCCCCAUGGGACGUGUGCCAAUGUCGGCGCUGGCGGUCACUUCACCAUCGGGGGAGAUGGGUUUACGACGAGGGCUUAUGGACUGGCCAUUGACUCACUCGUGGGCAUGGACGUUGUGCUGGCCAACGGCUCUGUGGUGCAUGCAACGUCAACGGAAUACAAGGACGUGUUUUUCGCCAUGAAAGGAGCCGGCGCCUCCUUUGGUAUCGCAACCACCUUCUACGCGCAAACCUUCGCCUAUCCGAAAGCCCUGACUGGCAUCUACCUCACCUGGCCGGGCCUAAGCAAGAACACCGAGCAAAGCGUCUCGGCCCUGAAGCACAUCCAGAACUACGCCAACAACGCGACCUCGGGGCUGGACCGCAAGUUCCAGUUCGACGUCACCCUCGACGCCUUCGGCACCUUCAGCCUGAAGGGAAUCUACCUCGGGCCCGUGGCGACCUUCAACAAGACGGUGCUCCCAGAGCUGCUCCGCGGGCUGCCGGCCCCCGGCGCGGGCGACAGCGACAGCCCGACCUACGUCAAGGAGUACUCGUGGACAGACGCGCUGACCGACGCCAACUACGGCAGCGGCAUAGCCUACCCCAAGCCGGGCGAGGGCGGCUACGCCCCCGCGCCGGACCACGACACCUUCUACACCAAGAGCAUCACGGUCCCCGCGCCGGGGCUGCCCGAGAAGGCGAUCCGGAACCUGGUGGGCUGGGGCCAGGCGCACCAGGAGGGGAGGAACCCCGCCGUGCCGUGGUACUUCACGCUGAGCCUCCAGGGCGGCGUCGACAACCAGAUCUUCCUGGACAGCAAGAGCGGCGGGUCGGCGUUCUGGCGCCGCGACACCACCUGGGUCAUGGAGAACUCUGGGUUCGUGAACGAGCCGGGCGACGCGUUCCCCGUGCCGGCGGGCAUCGACCUCGUCAACGACCUCAACGCGCAGGUGACGGGCGUGCUCGGCGCUGGGAAUUACGGGGCGUACCAGGGAUAUGUGGACACGGAGAUGGGUGCUGAUCAGGCGGGCAGGCUGUACUACGGCGAUGUGCUGUUUGAGAAGCUCAAGGGGCUGAAGAAGAACAUUGACCCGGGGAACUUGUUCUCUAACCCGCAGUCAAUCCCGGUUGGGAAUUAG